GACGGGGCAGUGCGGCCGCCAUUUUGUCUCAGCCUCGCCUGAGGGGUCGGAGGGGGCGUUUCGCGCUUCCCUGCUUGGUGUUAGCGAUAAAUUUUUGGUCUUUGGGUUUUUCUCUGUUAAAGCAGAGCAGGCAAGAAGCUGCUCGCUCUUAAACCGCUCAUUGUAGGGGUUUGGGCUGUGAUGAAGGUUUACUGGCCCAGGGUUCCUUAUGGUUCCCCUCGUGUUCCUCAAUAAAUGGCACUAACGCAGCAGCCGCAGCGCCCGGCGGGCGGCAGCUCCUCCCCAGCCGCCCUGCUCUAACAGUCCCGGCUCAUCAUCGCCUCACGGGGCGGGCGCAACGAGCUGAGGCGCAGCCCCGCGGGCCGCCCGCCCCUUCCCCGCCCGGCCUCAGGGGCGGGGAGCGGCGGCGGCUGAGGCGCGGCGGGUGCCGGGAUCAGGCUCGGGCUCGGGCUCGGGAUGCUGCCGGCACUGCCGGACGGCGACGAGCGGGAACUGGAGAGCAGCGAGGAGGGCGGCACCGGAGAGGAGCGGCGGCCGGAGCGGCACGGCAGCACCUACCACAGCCUCUACGGCUACCGGAGCCGCAGGAAGUACAUUUCCCCACUGCCUGUUCUGCCUGUAUGUUGUGGCUGUGAAAAAAAAAAUAAAGCUGAUAAGAAUUCCUUGAUUUUAAGAUCUUCACGGCAGGGAGCAGACAGUGGGGAUGGCAGUCCCGGCAGUGCAGCGGCAGAGACACCCUCCAGCGAGGAUUUCAGUCUCACCUUGCUGGACACAAACUUACCAACUGAAGCAGAAACUGAAUUCCGUAGUUUCAUUGCUAAGCGUCUGACUAAAGGAGCCCUUUUUGAAGGGAUGGGGAAUGUAGCAUCUGUGGAUUUGAGCAUACCAGAAUGUAAAGUUGGCUGUUAUUACUGUCUUUUGAAACAAAAUCUUCUAGAAACACCAAUACUGGAAUCGGACAUAAAUGCUGCAGAAUAUGUGGUUUGUUUCCUGGGUGGCUCAGAGAAAGGUCUGGAACUUUUCAGACUUGAGCUGGACAAAUACAUUCAAAGUCUGAAGCUAAACCUUGAUGUGGAGCAAAAAACCUUGGAGACCUAUGUUAACCCCUAUUUGAGAAGCUGGUUUGAGAAUUCCAUAUGCCCUAUUCAAAGAGUAGUACAGCUCUUCCAGGAGAAACUUGCCUUCUUGUUACAUGCUGCAUUGAGUUAUACUCCUGUGGAAGUAAAAAAUGCAGAUGAAAGAACGGAAAAAGACAUUAACAGGUUUCUGGCAGCUGCCAGUCUCCAAGGACUUGUUCAGGAAGGCACAAUGACCUCCUUGUGCAUUGCUAUGACUGAGGAACAGCACAAGUCAAUGAUUAUAGACUGUAGUGGACCCCAGCCUCAGCUGCAUAAUGCAGGAAGCAACAGAUUUUGUGAGGACUGGAUGCAUGCUUUUGUAAACGGUGCUGAAGGUGGAAAUCCAUUUCUCUUCCGGCAGAUUUUGGAAAACUUUAAAUUGAAGGCUAUACAAGACAUUAACAACCUGAAGAGGUUUAUUCGACAGGCUGAAAUGAACCACUACGCCUUGUUCAAGUGUUACAUGUUUUUAAAGAACUGUGGCAGUGGAGACAUUCUUUUGAAGAUUGUUAAAGUAGAACAUGCAGAAAUGCCGGAAGCCAGAAAUGUAGUGACUGUCCUUGAGGAAUUCAUGAGAGAAACAGCAGUGGCUUAAAAUUAUCUUAAUUAUUCGACACUUGUUGGAGGGUAUUGUAUAAAUCAUUAAUUUCUUCUUUGCAGCUUAGUUUCACUAUUGGAGAAAUUUUAAUUUAUAUUUAAAAGUAUUACCCAACUCAAACCUAAGUUGCAAUUUCAGCUACUUAUUUUUUUUUGAGAAAGUAGCAUGAGCUUUUUUUUUUAAUGUGAUUUACACAUUAAAAAGUGUAAACGUGUUUUCAUGUGAUUUACACCAGAUCUUACAAACUCAUGCAUAGUUUUCAGUGCUUACCGGAUUCUCCAAAUGACUUGUUCUUUUUCUGAGGAAGUCAUGACAUUUGUUUUUACUGUCACUGUAUGAAAAAGAAAAAUUUUCCUUAGCUCACAAGCAUUUUGGUGUUUUAAAUAUUUUAAAUAUAUUUGAAAUUAUCAUGUCUAAUCAUUAAGAUCUGGUUAGUUUUAAUAGAAAAAGAAGCACAAACAUUUGGAUAAAUCAUAACAAUGAGUUCAUCAUUGUUUCUUCAACAUGGGUAACAAGUCUGUAGCUAGUUUCUACGUUCUAUUUUCAAAGCAGCAGUUCGUUCUCCUACUAAAUAAGCAACUUGUUAAUUGAUAGGAAACAGUAUUGCCUGAAGACUGAACAGAGUUUUAGGAAUCAGUUUGCAUGUGCUUCUAUUGAUGUAUACGUAUUAUAUAUAACGUGCUGGUCUGGCAUGUUAAAUUCCCAGGCUAGAUGAUGAAUUCAAUUCUUCAUUAGUUUGCAUUUUUUGUGAUCAAGAUCUUCUUUGUACAUUCCUAGUACCCAACUUGCAAAAUUGAAAAUAAUCAUGUUUUCUAGUAGUGAAUAAUUAACUCUGACGAUUUUAUAGGUGCAAUAUUAACUUAAUAGAAGCUUUUUCGGAAAUCAAAGUAAACUAAGUUUCCAAAUUAAUUAUUCAGACUUGAAAACACUUGACUGUAUUUCAGCAAUGAAUUCUUAUCCACAUCAUGGGACAUUUAGACAAUAGAAUACUUGAAUAUCUGCCUACAGAUGGAAUCAAAACUGGCAAGGUCUCUGGAUGACCAUAUAAUUAAGGACUAUUUCUGCAAUCUGAUAUAAGCAAAAGUGCCUAUUGCUUUCCUUUGCAGCAGAGGGUGUUUGAAUGCCUAACUUGGAACAUUUGAACAACUUUCCCAUUCAAGGCCUGAAACACCAACUAUAAGUCUCCCUGAUGCAGCUAAGUUUGUUUGUUCUGCCAGUCCUGUAUACUGUGAUAAGUCAAAAGCUUUCCGGUGACAGUGCUGUGUUGGACCUGUAAUAAGGCUUACAAUAAAAGGUAUUCAAAUCCUUAGUAGUGUGUCUACAAUAAAUUA